AUGAGUGAUGUGCAUACAAUCACCGGUCAUCGAACUGAACCGACACCAAGCGUGCUUGGUCACGAAGCUGUUGUUGAAGUUGUUGCUCAUCGUCGGCCUGAAAGCGAUUUAUCUGAAGGCGAUCGUUUAACAUUCUCCGUUGCUGAUUGUUGUAACAAAUGUGAAUUCUGCCUGAAAGGACUUAAUCAGAAAUGUACCAAAUUAUUCAAGUAUGGUCAUGCAAAAUUGAGUGAUGGAUCAGGUUUCAAUGGCUGUUAUGCAUCGUAUAUUAUUCUUCGGCGUGGUACACACGUGGUGAAAAUACCUGAUGUCAUAUCCGACCGAUGCGCUGCGCCUAUCAAUUGCUCAUUGGCUACGACAAUGUGUGCGAUGGAAUUCGUUCCUAAAAUAAAGAACGGUCGAGCUUUUGUUCAGGGCGAUGGUAUCUUAGGUUUAUAUACUUGCGCAGCACUUCGUGAGCUCGGAUAUGAUACUGUUUACUGUUCGGGCAUGCGUAUUCGUCGUUCGGAAUUCAUUGAUCGUUUCGGUGCCAUUCCACUUUAUAAUGUCAUAUGCACACUUUCGCAAAUUACAAAUGAUAUGAAUGAAGUUCUUCAUGAAGAAACAAACAAAAUCGAUGUUGUCGUCGAAGUGUGCGGAGUAUCAGCCGUUGUCAAUGACGGAAUUCGAUUAUUGAAGCCAGGCGGAUUAUAUCUUUUUCUUGGCAUGGUGCAUCCGCAUUCAGAACUAAAUAUAACUGGCGAACAGAUUAUACGCAAAUGUCUUACAAUAAAAGGCGUUCAUAACUACGCACCACGCCAUCUUGACCAAGCAGUUGAUUUUCUCGAGAAAACAAUCCAGAAAUAUCCCUACGACGAAGUUAUAGGUCCAGCGUACGCUCUAUCCGACCUCUCAGCAGCAAUGAAAUUAUCCAUCGAGAAAGUUUACAGUCGUGUUCUAAUUAAACCGAAUAUGACUUAG